UGGCGGCUCUCUGACUUCUCGAGGUGGGAGUCACGGAGAACCUGAGGAACGCCGCUUCUACGUUCACGAUCGACAGUCAAGCGCGGAAAGCCGUGGACGAUAGUACGAGUGAGAGAGCUUUGCUCCUUGCUCUCCGUGCUGCAUUGUUCAAGGUGUGCGUGGAUACGUGUUGCUCGCAUGCGUGCGUGCAUACGUGCGUGCAUACGUGCGUGCGUGCGCUCGUGUUGAUGCUGGACGCCGUCGGAGCGCAUCGCUGUGUGACUGUGCGUGGGUGCGUACGUACAUAGGUGCGUGCGUGCGUGCGUGCAUGCGUGCUUGCGGCGGGGAGAGCGCGCCUCACGGAUGACUUCGCGUCACGACAGAGCCUCCUUGAGGCGCAUCAGUCGAGCACCGCUAAGGAUCGCCAGCAGUGUCGAUCGUGGAUCGUGAGCGAGUCACGAUCGUGUCCUAAAUUCGCAAUUUGGGACAGAGGAGAAGGCAGACAAGCGGGAGAAAGGUGGAAGAGAGACGAGAAGGAAGAGUUGCGAAAGAGGUGCGAGGGGAGAGCCGCCGAAACCGGUCGGCGAUUCCGACGAAGCUGACCGUGUAUCGGCCGUGCAUCGUCCUCGCUCGGCCAAAUGUUCCCGGAUGUGACCGUAAACAGGAUGACGUUACUGGUAGUAGCUAUCGUCAGUCUGUCCGUGCUGAGCCCCGCGCUCGCUGAGAAUUUCGAUCUUCAUGGCGCCAAAUGCGGUAGUAAGCGCUGCAGCAUCUCGGAGUUCUGCAGCCCUUACGACACGCAUUGCAGACCCUGCUCGGAUGCCUGCGACGCUGAUCACCACAAUUUCCAGCCGGACGAAUGCGCGAAGGACUGUCAAGUUUACCUACACGAUCAACGCUACGUCCUACGCACGGAUAUAAAACAGUAUGAUGAUCUCAGAGACGAAGUGAAAAGGCUACAGACUAUGUUCACGGUCACAACGACGUUGAGCUGUCUGUUGUUAUGUGCGGUGCUGUACCUGCUGGGAAGACCCUUACUAAAGUGGAAAAAGAUUCAAAACACCUUGCGAGUGCUAUUCAGGAAGAAUUGGGUAAAGAAGGCAACAAAUAAAAAUAAAGUUCAAGACGACGUUGAGUCCAACGGGACUAAACAAAAUGGUCUCAAGAUUAAUAUGCCGACUAUAAGCGCCACAGUGGAAAUGGACACGAGCAACGGGAACAGUAACGAUACUCCGAACACCACGAGCACCUCUCUCUCGCGGAGGCAUCCCAGCGAGGACACCACUCUCGACUACGCCUACGAUAAUCCGGCGAUGACGCCGAGCCCGGAGGCCGCUCAGCUAAGAACUAAACGUGAGAGCUCGUUUUGAGGCAUUUGCUUUUGAUGGGAAUUCGGUUCCGGUAAGAGUACGUAUAGGAUUGCCCUCGACUUUGCUCGUUAAAGUCUUGGAGAAGAUAUUUUUAAAAGAGGAAGAGGGAAAAUUUGCUUAUUAUAAUAUAUUAUGAUGUAAUAUAUUACAAUGAAUAUUACAAUAAUUUUCAAAUCAAGCAAGUAAAGCAAAGUAAUACGAGUAAUAUGAGUAAUAGUAUAUUCCAGAUAGCUAAAUUCACACAAACAUAUUUUACGCAAUGUCUUCUGUAAAUUCUUUUUAACAGAUUACUAGCAGAAAUAUAACAGAAUUUGUUACCAGAGUCUGAUGACAGAUUGACAUAGAAACCGAGCAGGAUCUGCCGUUCUACUUAAGUAUAUUUAAGUAGGAUAUGCCGCAGAUCCUGUUUGGUUUCUGCCGUCAAUCUGCUGUCAAGCUAUGUCUGCAGGUUUUUUCGACGGAACAGGAGUUUAAUGCAGGCACGGAUGGCUUUGGAUCGGCCGGGGUAUUCUGAUUGAAUCUGUUGCCAAUCUCUGCCAUACUGCUAACAUUUUGGUUAUUAAGAUGGUGGCCAAUAAAAGACGAUAUUGGUGCGCAAAACAUUCUGUAUUAUAAUAUUUAGAAAAUGCAUUGAGUGUAAUAUAUUCAUAACUAAACGUACAUUUAGGUCCUGCAAAAACGAUUAAAUAAAUAAGAAAAUACUUUGAAGUCAAAAUGAGCUUCAUAAUAUUUAACUCCAAAAUAUUUUCCUAUUUAUUUUAUCAUUGAAAAGAGUCCCACUGCAGGAAUGAAACGUUUGAUUGUAAAUACUCAAUGCAUUUUAAUUGUUAUUGUAAUAAAGAAUUUGUUGCAUCAACGUAGCGUCUCUUAUUGGACAACGUAUAUUAUUUUGUCUUGCUUGAUUGAAUAUUUGGGAGCCUUUGACGCUAAAAUUAUCGAAUAACAUAUUUGUCUGUUUGUAAAGACGAAGGACGCGACUUGAGGUUUUGCUAACUUCGCGGAACGAGCUGGAACGGCUUUUUUUCGGUAAUUGUUGAUUUUGUAAAAUGAAAGAAACAAAGUUGUAUGUGAAAAGGGGAACGUAGAGGAAAAGAUCUUUCGCUAGAGCCUCGUACGGACAGUGUUUCUCGAGCGUAGUUCUGGACAGGAAAAUGCGAGAAGGAUGUGGCGAUGCGUGUGUCUAUGAAAUAUGACGUGGCUCCUCUUUCCUAUUCUGCGAAUGGGCGCUGAAGUGUUUCGUACGAUUUUUCACAUUUUUACGAGCGAAUUUUUGCGAAGUACCUUAUUAACGUGCAUCGAAGUAACGCGCGGUCCAAUCGAGAUCACCAUUUUGUGAGAUCACCUCGCACAACUUUCACGCGUGUCAAACCGUUUCUGACGGCGGUAUUCAUAGUCUAUUGUUGUUCCCUGAAUAACCACAAUGGAAAGAUAAUUAUGCUUAUUGCUGUAAUAAUUUGCUUCCCAAUAAUUCUUGAAUCAUUAAACGUCGAGCGAUGAAUCGACUGAUUUGUCAUUAAUGACAAUAUGUUGAGACUCAAUACUGGCACUUAAAUAAUUUUGUACAUAUGAAUUAAUUAUAUCUUUUUCGUUAAUUAAUUAUACUGUCGAUAUGUUGGAUAUGAGGAGUAAUGUGCGCCCAUUAUAUUUUACGAGACUGUGAACACCGCUUCAAUAAUGUACACUCGUUUGCAAAAGGGUUUGACUUAUUUUUUUCUAUGAAGUUAGAGAUGCAUCAGAUCUGGUCACGAUUCCCAGUAAACACCAACUAACGGUUACUUCCCAAUAUCAUGGUAACAUUAUAUUAAUAUAAUAAUUUGUCAUUCAGCAGUUAAGUACAAUAUAAUAUAUAACAGCUGUAUUGUUGAAUGAGAAACUAUAACAUUGAUGUAAUAGUACUGUUGGUUGGUAUUUACUGAGUUGCGAGUCACUGCUCAUGGGCUUGCGUGGUAAUCAGUUAUGACAGAAGCCGAAAUGGCGAUAUAUAACAAAUAAUUAUUACAUCGUGUACAAAUAAAUAUUAUCGCGUAUACUGCUAUUCGGCUCCUUAUUACAUUUUUAUCUAAUAGAUAAGAGUGUAAUAAAGUAAAUAUUCUUACGUUUGUCAUGAAUCCAUCGUUGUAGUUGUGACGUCAAAUGUCAGCGUUUCAGUAAAGGAUAUGCGUUAGUAAAGAAGAUUAUCCGCUCGUAUGUAAAAUCACACAGUAGAAGAAGAGUAAAAAUGUUAGGAAAAAGUAAGAGAUAAAGUAAGAGAUUAAUAUACAAAUUAAUUUAAAUUAUUGAUAUAUACAAAUUUGAUUGAAAUACUAUAUUUGUCUUUAUCUCAUAUGAUAAAGUUAUCAAUUUUUCCUGUUUUAUAAUGUAAUUUACUUUUAAUUCUUUUUGCAGAUUUUUUUGUCAAUUUUUACGUAAUUUUUCUUAAUUAAAUAUUUAUCCAAAUAUAUAUACUUUUCUAUGUAAUUUUAUCAUUUUUUAGAAAAAACGAUUCAAUUACAUAGAUUUUUUUUAUAUAAUUCUAUCAAAUAAUUCUAUCAAAUCCUAUAGGUAUAUUGUAAAAGUAUCGUGUUCAAUUUAAUAUAUUUCACAUGCCCCAAUUUAUCCAGGCUAAUUUUUAUGUUAAUUUAACACAAGAUUAAUUUGUUAACAAAUAACGUAAAUAAUAUGUCGAAAAUUUAUACAAAAAUGUUACAUUAAAAAAAAAAUUAAAUUAAAUUAAAUUAAUU